UCCGAAGAGAAACCUCAAUUCGCCACAUUUUUCUCUCACUAAAACCCUCUUCUCUGUCUAUAUACUUUGCACUGUUCCUCCUCUCUCUGCGCAUAUCUUCUCCUUGCAGACUCAGUAAAAUAUUCUUGCAAAUACUAAAAUAACCCACAAAUUCUAUAAGCAAAAGGCGUGCUCUGUUUUUUGCCUUUUUUAAUAAUUCCGGUUUUUUUAUUGAUAUCUUAGCUCACGAUCUUCCAGUUUGAUUGCUGAAAUGGAGGCAAUUUAGAGCUCGGCCCAUCAGGUAAAACGCUUCCGAUUUUGUUUUAAUCCCUUCGUUUAGCAUUUCUGCAGAAUUCUCGAUUUUUUCCAGCUUUGAUUUUUUCCAGCUUCGUUUAGCAUCAGGUAAAACGCUACCCGAUUUUGUUGCUUUCGACAGACCCGUGUGGAAAAAAUAAAAAAUUAAAGUGAAAGAGCGGAAAAAGCGUGAUUCUUUGAUCAUGGCUGUGGUGGAGAAUGCCGGAGCUAACGCGAUUGCGUCGUCGAAUUGCGACAACGACGCGGUGGUUAACGGGCAGGCAGCUAAGCCGGCUGAUCAGAGUUUCCAUAAGAUGCCUAACGGCCAUCAUCAGCUGGCUAUCAAUGGAAAUGGGGGAACUUUGGAGAAGAAGAUGGAUGGGGAGGAAGACGAUGGAGGGGAGGGGUUUAAGAGGGAUAUGCGGGAUUUGGAGGAAAUGCUGUCGAAAUUGAAUCCGAUGGCGAAGGAAUUCGUGCCGCCGUCUCUCUCCGCCUUCGGUGGUGGGCCGCACAAGCUGCUGGUGCCGCCUCACGCUGCUGCGGUUGCAGCGGCUGCGGCCGGGCAUUUUGGGUUCAGCACUAAUGGUUUUGUGAUGCAGCAGCAGGUUAACUCGGGAGUUCCCACUGCCAAUUCUUUUAGAAGGAAGAAAAAUGGCUUUGUUAAUGGGAAGCGGAGGAUGAAUAGCCGAACGAGCAUGGCUCAAAGAGAGGACGUGAUUAGGCGGACGGUCUAUGUCUCUGACAUUGAUCACCAGGUAACCGAAGAGCAACUUGCGGCGCUUUUCAUUGGCUGUGGACAGGUGGUGGAUUGCCGUGUCUGUGGUGACCCCAAUUCCGUUCUUCGCUUUGCCUUCAUUGAAUUCACUGACGAGGAAGGGGCAAGGAAUGCUUUGAGCUUAGCUGGAACUAUGCUCGGCUAUUAUCCUGUGAAAGUGCUACCUUCCAAAACUGCUAUUGCCCCUGUUAAUCCAACAUUUUUGCCAAGGUCUGAGGAUGAAAGGGAGAUGUGUGCAAGAACUAUCUACUGCACAAACAUAGAUAAAAAGGUCACUCAAGCAGACGUCAAACUCUUCUUUGAGUCUAUUUGCGGAGAGGUUUAUCGUUUGAGGUUGCUUGGUGAUUAUCAUCACUCAACUCGUAUAGCUUUUGUGGAGUUUGUGAUGGCGGAGAGUGCAAUAGCAGCGCUGAACUGCAGCGGAGCAGUCUUAGGAUCACUGCCCAUAAGAGUUAGCCCAUCUAAGACUCCAGUCCGACCCCGUGCCCCACGCCAAUCCAUGCACUGAUUGCUCAUGAAGCACCUCUUUUAAGUUAUAUAUACAUAGAAACUGAUACUUGCCAUGGGGUAUCUAUGUGUUUUUAGCUUCUAUUUUUCCUAUGUCUGCUUCAGAUGUAUGGUUUGCCUGUAGAGUACGACUAUUUUCGAGGCUUUAUUAUGCUGCACAUUACGCUGCGUUGAGCUUAGUAGGCACUUCCCUCACACUACUUCUGCUACUUUUACCACAUGCUUCGUUCUCACUUGGAAGUUUUAACGAUUCUCGUUUUUUGCCAAA